AUGUCUAAUUCUUACCAUCCGUUUCGGAACCCAAACCCGAACCCGAACUUCGACGAGCAACGUUGGAUUAUCCAAAUCCGUCGAGCACUAGACGAAGACAAUCUUGAACAAGAAUCCGAUGAUGUCCCAGUUUCCAUCUUCACUGUCCCUAAGACCCUCACGCUCGCCAGCCCAGAAUCCUACGUACCGCAACAACUCGCAUUAGGCCCGUACCACCAUCAUCGGGCCGAGCUUUACGAAAUGGAAAGGUACAAGCUUUCAGCUGCAAAAAGAUUCCAAAAACACCUUCCGGGCCUCAAAUUUCACAAUCUCGUACACCAUUUCACCAAGUUCGAGCCAAGGUUCCGGGCUUGCUACCACAAGUUCCUCAACUUCAACGGUGAAACGCUAGCGUGGGUGAUGGCCGUCGACUCGUGUUUCUUGCUGGAAUUCCUUCAUCAUAUGGUUAUCCUGGAAAAGGAUCGAGCGACGUCUCGAGUCUCGUCAAGAAUGUCACAUUUGAUUGAUACAACGGGCCGAAAAUCGGGCCAUAAUGUUAUUCUUAGGGACAUCCUGAUGCUCGAGAAUCAGAUACCGCUAUUUUCAUUGAAACAAACUCUGGAUUUCCAAUUAGGAUCAUCGGAUGAAGCAGAUGAUGUGCUUUAUGCCAUGUUGAUAGGGUUUUGCAAAGAGGUUUUGCCUUUCAAGAUGGUCCAAGAAUUGCCUGAUCUUGAUCAGGUUCACAGAUGUGCUCAUUUGCUGGACUUAGUGUACAAUUUGAUUGUGCCUAACGUAGGAGAAUCAGUAUCUGAAAUAACAUCAGAAGCCGAGAAAGAAGACGUAAAUCUUAACAGUGAAAAGAAAAUUUUUCAUAAGAUUAUGUCGAAAUUAAGGGCAGGUGGCCCAAUGAGUUUGAUCAAAAGAUUAUUGGUUUCAAGACUUGCUAAAUUUCUCCUGAGAUUGUCCUGUAAGAUUGUUUCUAAUCUUCCAGGGAUGAUACUUGUAAAGCAAUUUGAAUACUUGUGCUUUUCUCAAGAAAAAGGAGAAAAAAAUGAGCUUGAAAAUGGGAAGUCAUGUAGCGAGUAUAAUUACAAACCUCCAUUGAUGGAGGAAAUAGCAAUCCCUUCUGUAACUGAGCUCUCAGAGGCUGGAGUGAAAUUCUCAGUUACAAAUUCAGGCAUUCUUGGAAUCAGUUUUGAUGCAAAGACAGCUAUGUUUUGUAUUCCGAUGAUUAGUUUGGAUGUAAACACAGAGGUGGUCUUGAGGAACCUGGUUGCGUAUGAAGCCUGCAACGCAUCAGGGCCAUUGGUUUUUGCGCGGUACACUGAAUUGAUGAAUGGGAUUAUUGACACUGAGGAGGAUGCAAAGGUUCUAAGGGAAAAAGGGAUUGUUUUGAACCAUUUGAAGAGUGAUCAGGACGUGGCUGAUUUUUGGAAUGGGAUGAGCAAGUCCGUUAGAUUGACGAAAGUGCCCUUCUUGGACAAAGUCAUCGAAGAUGUGAACUGUUAUUACAGGGGGAGAAUGAAGGUUAGGAUUGGGAAAUUCUUGAAAAGACAUGUUUUUGGAUCAUGGCAGUCUAUGACGCUGCUGGCUGCUGUUUUGUUGCUGUUUUUUAUGAGCUUGCAAGCUUUUUGCUCGCUGUUUGGCUGUGCUCGAAUACUUCUUCAUGGUAGAAAGAUGAAUUGAUUAACCACUUUUUGACUAAUUGUAUAAACAUAUCAAGUGCAAGUAAUAUACGAGGUUUUGAGAGAAGUAGCUGAUUAGGAGACGAGAAGCAUUGCAAUUACAAUAUUCAACAUCAAGAAAGUAACAGAGUA